ACGGCCAGCACUUCAUCCAUCACCGUUUUCACCCCUUCAAGUGGUCGCGAGAAGAAGGGAGAGGAGAGAGAGAGAGAGAGAGAGAGAGAGAUCACAGAAUGGUGGGCGGCGGCGGCGGAGGACAGCGGGUGGCGACGAUGCUGCCGUAUCUCGUGAAGACGCUGCGGAAGGAAUCCAUCAGGCCCUCAAAUCGAACCCUACCUUCCCUUAGGCGCACGUUCUCGCUGUAUGAUCAGAUUAAUCUCAUCGACACCGUGCCUGAAGACCAAUUGCGUUUCCAUGGGUAUGGCGAUACAGGAUUUACUGUCAAUGGUGUCAAGUAUGAAGGCAGCUUGCUUGUUGUGGAAAAUAAGCUCAUGACAUGGGUACCAAAAACAUUUUCUGAGAUAACCCCUGAAAGUUUAUCAGUAUUCAAGAUUCUGAGGCCAGUUCCAGAGAUUCUGAUUCUUGGCUGUGGAAGGCACAUUCAGCCAGUAAGCCCUCAACUGCGACAAUUCAUUCGUUCUACUGGAAUGAAACUGGAAGCAAUUGACUCGAGGAAUGCUGCUUCAACUUACAAUAUAUUAAGCGAAGAAGGAAGGCCAGUGGCUGCUGCCCUUCUCCCAUAUGGAGUUGCUUCGUAAAUAUUCCAUGAACUACAUAAGCAUACAUCUGGAGGCGAGGAAGUUGGAGUGUCAGAGAGUGUUUGGUCUUAUUACUUGGGCGAUGGAAACUUAGUAUCUUAGUAUCUAUUAUUUUCUUCUUGUCGCUCGUCCAUACAGAGAUGUACUUGACGAUAAGGACGAUAUCACGUAGGAGAACUAUUCGGAUUCAUAUAUUUUGGUUUCCGGUGGGUUAAGAAUGCUGUCUACCAUUGCCUUCAACACCCCAUUAUUAUUAUUAUUAUCCCCCGUCAUUUUGUCUC